UAGAGUCAUCACCAACACUGAGUACCGGAUAUAUCGAUAUCCAUCCUCUAUAUGCACAAACCAAGCACACUAGGUACCGCCCUAGGUACCGCCUUAGCCCCGCACCGUACCCCAAAGACCCGCUCCAAACCGAGCCUCGACUCCAAUUCCGAGAUCCCGAUCUCGCAGCCUCCGAACUUUACCUUAGGUACCUCCUUAUCCCACCUCGUUCCUACCUACCUAACCUAUCUCUCUCUGGCGAUCAACUAUUAACCUAAUAACAAUGCGAUAAUAAAAUCAUGAGAAGCUUCCUCACGACCCUAAGAGCCUUCUCCAAAUCCGCAUCAGGUACCUUUCAACGACGAAGAUCGCAAAUCCUAACACCUACUACAUCCUACACAUAUUACAGCUCUCUCUCCUUCGCCGCCCGCGCAAUGGCCACAUCCGCCGCGCCCGUCCUCAAGCAGCCCAUCAAGCUGGCCUGCAUCCAGCUCGCCAGCGGGCCGGACAAGGCCGCGAACCUCGCGCACGCGCGGGACAAGGUCCUCGAAGCCGCGCACGCCGGCGCCAAGCUCAUCGUGCUGCCGGAGUGCUUCAACUCCCCCUACGGCACCGACUACUUCCCCCAGUACGCCGAGACCCUCCUCCCCGGCCCCCCUUCCCCCGCCCAAUCCCCUUCUUACCACGCCCUCUCCGCCAUGGCCGCCGAGACCCGCACUUUCAUCGUCGGUGGCUCCAUCCCCGAGGCCGACCCGGACCCCGCCACGAACAAGUACUACAACACGUCCCUGGUCUUCGACCCCGACGGCAGCUUGCUCGCGAGCCACCGCAAGGUGCACCUCUUCGACAUCGACAUCCCCGGCAAGAUCACCUUCCGCGAGAGCGAGGUGCUGUUCCCGGGCAACAAGGUCACCCUCGUCGACCUCGCGGGGUACGGCCGGAUCGCCGUCGCCAUAUGCUACGACAUCCGCUUCCCGGAGCUCGCGACGGCCGCCGCGCGCCGCGGCGCCUUCGCCCUCGUGUACCCGGGCGCGUUCAACCCGACGACGGGCCCGCUGCACUGGCGGCUGCUGGGGCAGGCGCGCGCCCUGGACAACCAGACGUACGUCGCGCUGUGCAGCCCCGCGCGGGACCCGGCCGCGUCGUACCGCGCCUACGGGCACAGCCUGGUCGUCGACCCCAUGGCGCAGGUGCUCGCCGAGGCCGACGAGCGGGAGACCAUCGUGUACGCCGACCUCGACGGCGACAAGAUCCGCGAGACCAGGCGGAAUAUCCCGCUCGCGGCGCAGCGGCGGUUCGACGUCUACCCGGAUAUCAGCGAGGGCAAGAUCAGCUUCGAGGAGCCGGAUCCGCCGAAGUGAGGAUCGUGUGUGCUGAGUGGCGAGGUUAGUUAUUCCUUUCCGGUAACGCCCGCUGUUGUGGAUUCAUAUAUGUUACAACAAGUAGAGGCAGGCAGAGUGUGUUGUACGGCCUAAGCGCUGCGCGUGAGAAGAGAUAGCCCGGACAGAGGAUCAAGGAUUUAUUUCCAAGGAGGCCAUGCGACCUACGCCUUACUCUUUGAAAAGUAUGAGCGAGAUAAUAGCGCUCUGUGAACUCUAGUAGACGGUUUUUUACUAGGUGGAAAAGUAAUCUAGAAAGGGAGCCCUUUACGAAGCACGUAUGAUUUACGAUAAAAUCCGAAGCUAUGUUGUUGGAAGAUUUAUAUGGCCUUCUGAAAAAAAAGGAGGUCUUGUAUAUAUCCCAGAUGGCCAAUUGCCCCGUCUCAUGAACCUAACCUAUUAGUGCCCAAUGUGUUAUUUUCUCAUCUUGUAACGAGAUGGUAUUUCGGUUUAACUUAAGUCUAUUAGCCCGUAAUUGCUCGCGUAGCAAUUUACAUCAACGCGAAGUGACUCAUCCGAAACUCGUCACGUAUUUUCGUACAGUAAUGAACAAUUCGUAAUUAAAUGUAUU